GACACCGUGUUAAACAUCAUUAACCAGAUCAUGGACGUGUGCAUCCCUCAGGACCGCGCCUCCAGGGACUUCUGCGUCAAGUUCCCCGAGGAGAUCCGGCACGACAAUCUGGCCGGCCAGCUGUGGUUUGGUGCCGAGUGCCUGGCCGCCGGCUCCACCAUCAUGAACCGGGAGCUGGAGAGCAUGGCCAUGCGCCCGCUGGCCAAGGAGCUGACCCGCAGCCUGGAGGACGUGCGGGGCGCCCUCCGCGACCAGGCGCUGCGGGACCUCAACAGCUACACGGAGAAGAUGAGGGAGGCGCUGAGGCACUUCGACGUCCUGUUUGCAGAGUUUGAGCUGAGCUAUGUCUCUGCCAUGGUGCCGGUGAAGUCCCCCAGGGAGUACUACGUGCAGCAGGAGGUCAUCGUGCUGUUCUGCGAGACCGUGGAGAGGGCCCUGGACCUCGGGUACCUGACUCAGGACAUGAUAGACGACUACGAGCCGGCCCUCAUGUUCACCAUCCCCAGGCUGGCCAUCGUGUGCGGCCUCGUGGUCUAUGCAGAUGGACCCCUGAACUUGGACCGCAAGGCGGAAGACAUGUCUGAGCUGUUCCGGCCCUUCCACACGCUGCUGCGGAAAAUAAGGGAUUUGCUGCAGACCUUGACGGACGAGGAGCUGCGCACGCUGGAACGUAGCCUCUGCGUCUCCCAGGACGCGGAGUUCCCCAUCCGGGCCGAUGCGCAGGUGCCCCCCGCCCUGGCGCCCGCCUUCCCCCCGCCCCUGCCCCCCGAGGAGCUGCUGUCGGCCAAGGCCAAACUCCCGGAGGCGGAGCUGGCCUGCUCCAUGCAGUACGACGACCAGGAGCUGGAGCAGCUCAACCGCAUGGUCCACAGGGCCGGGGCCGAAAUGUCAUCCCUGCUGUCACCGCCCAGCGCCUGCCAGUCCCCCGCCCGCGGGCCCGGCCCUGAGGGCAGCCCCGGAGGCCAGGCGGCCCCGGGCGGCGGGCAGCCACAGCCCAGCAGUGACGAGGAGGAGGGCAGGGUGUUCUUCAUGGACGACGUGGAGGCAGCGGCCGAGGCCCCGGGCAGCCCGUCCGGGUGGACGGCCAGGGCCAGUGACGACCCCCUGGGCAGAGCACAGGGCGGGGAGGAUGGGGACCUGAUCAACAACAAUAACAUCCAGGACGACAAAAUGCCGCCCACCGGCCCCAACGCUUGCAGCUGCCUGGACGGCUGGGAGGGGACCGUGGACGCCGCCGAGAUGGCCGAGGCGAUCGCACAGCGGACAGGGGGCAUGAAGCUCUCGGCCACGGUCAUCUUCAACCCCAAGCCGCCCACUUCCCUGGACGCCGCCGGCCCGGAAGCCCCCGGAAGCAGCCCUCCGUCGGAGCCCAGGGCCGAGGGCCCGGAGCGGGGCCCCCGCGAACCCGGCUCCACGGCCACCAACUGCCUCCUUAACUCCUGCGUGUGCUGCGGGGGCUGUGGGGGCGGCAGGGAGGACGCGGCCGAGAGUCUGCCCGACAAAGGCCGCCCCGGGGGCGUCAUCCGCGCCUGUCACGUGGGCUCUGCCAAGGCCGGCACCAAGGGCGGGCCCGUGAGGCCGGAGGAGGCCCGGCCGGCCUGGAGCUGCCCGGGGGCGCCCACGGCCCCCCCGCCCUCAGAAGGCGGCCCCGACAGGCAGGAGCCCAACGCCCCCACUUCCAGCAAGUGCCUCGACACCUCAGGGCCUCCAGCGGACUCGGCAGACCAGCCGCACGGAGGGGGUGCAGGCCCAAGGCAACAGGAGUCCAAGGGCGGACAGCAGGACAGCGGGCAGCACCCCGAGGCUGGGGAGGACAGCAGGCGGCCCUCGGGCCCCAGGUAAGGGCCUCUGUGGCCACGGGGUCCGUCCUCUCUGCGGCGUCGGGCGCGUGACGUUGGCUGUGUUCC